AUGGCGGGCACUCAACCCACUCUCAACGACCUUGCGGCGAAGAUCACCAAACUUGCGGAGACAUUUACCACCUUCCUUCGUGACAACGAUGUGCCCCAGCCCACUUUUGCCGCCGAUAGCCCCAUCAGCUAUGAGAAACUGACGACAGAGAGUUUUCUGAUGCGCCAGGAGCUCUUAGAUACACUGAUGGACAUGUGGUACCUGACACAGGGUCCUAGUGAAAGUACUUUUAACUAUGUUCACAGUUGCAUGCCCGAUGCGGCGGCUCUUAAUGUUCUGAACCACUUUGACUUCUGGUCUGCGGUGCCCCUGGAGGGUUCCGCGUCAUAUGCCGAGAUUGCAAAGCACACUUCUCUUCCAGAAGAAGUUGUGCAGCGUGUCAUAGAGCAUGCAACAACCCUCCGCAUCUUCGCACAGACAGAACCCGGCAAGACGUCAACGCGGAUUGAGCAUUCCAGUCGAUCAGCUGCUCUCGCGCGCUCUUCAGGCCUGAGAGCCCUUGUAUCAACGCUUCUGGACGAUGCUGGCGCACCAAUGAUGGUCUUGAACAAAGCCCUGGAAAUAUACACCUGUGGCAAACCUGAGUUGACAACCGAUAUGUCUGAAACAUCUUUUGCCUUGUAUCAAAGCGGGAAGACCCUUGGUGGAUACACCAACAGCUGGCAACUUCUUGAGAAUGAUGGUGAGGGAGAAAAAAAGGGAUGGCGUCAGAAGAACUUCGUAGAGUUCAUGCGUUACAUUAAGGAGAUUUUCCGCCUAGAGGAAUUGGUAUUAGAAUCCUAUAAUUGGAAAGCGGCGGGUAAAGUAACAGUAGUUGAUCUUGGUGGAUCGGGCGGCCAUGAUGACAUCGCCUUGGCGCGGAAGUACCCGGAUCUUAACAUCGUGGUGCAGGAUCUGCCCAAAGUCCAGCCGGCCUUUGAGGCAAACGUUCCAGAGGACCUCAAAUCUCGUGUGACUUUUAUGCCCCAUGAUUUCUUCAAUCCUCAACCGAUUCAGGCCGAUAUCUACAUGAUAAAGCUGAUCCUUCAUGACUGGCCAGACCAGGAGUCGAUCAAGAUAUUGCAGGGUUUGAGGCCAGCGAUGAGGCCAGGGGCGCGUGUCAUUUUCAUCGAUUACGUUGGUAAGCAAGGUGAGCCAGAUGGUCCACCACUGCCGCGUUCCAUUCAGCAGAUGGGAACAGCAACAGAUAUUAGAAUGAUGGCAUUGUUCAAUGCCAAAGAACGCCCCGCCAGUGCUUGGAAGGAUAUUUUCCGCGCGGCAGAUGAACGUUUUGAAAUUACCCGAUUUGAGGUAAACCCUUUGACGUUCUUUGUAGUGAUAGAGGCGGUUUGGCGCGAGUGA